GACUGGGCCGCUCGAAGGAUGCUGUAGCCCCAGCGCCCCUGGGCCAGCCAGUGCCGGGGGGGUUCCUGAAAGCUGUUUCGGAGGCUCUGUGCCUGGGUCCGGCAGUGGUGAUCAGCCCAUCGCUCAGCGGCAUGUACUCCCUGCCCUUCCUCUUCCAGCACAACCACCUGCUCAAGGCAUAUGUGCCUGUGGCACCCAUCUGCACCGAGAAAUUCACUGCGGAGCAGUAUGCCCAGAUCAAAACCCCCACGCUGAUCGUGUAUGGGGACCAGGAUGUGGAGCUGGGACAGACCAGCCUGAACAACCUGCAGCACCUCCCCCAGCACCAGGUGCUGGUGCUGCAGGACGCUGGGCACCCCUGCUACCUCGACAAGCCCAAUGAGUGGCACCGUGGGCUCCUGGCCUUCUUGCAGCAGCUGGAGUGA